GGCCUCCCCUCAGGCGCGGAGGUGUCGGGGCUACUGCGGGCCCUGCAGCGGCCGAGCGCCCUUCAUCCGGCGGAAGGAAGCGGCGGGAUGAACCCCCAGCCGGGCCGGGGUUACCGGGAGCUCCUGGCGGCGGGCGGCCUUCGGCCCCAGGGCUCCCCAGAGAGGGGCGCGAGCAGGAGAGUCGCUGUUUUGGGAAGCGUUGUUUUGGUCCCGCCGUACCCCGGCGCUGCCAUCUCUCCCCCGCAGCUGGAGUUCUCGCCCUGGAGCAGCCCACUGCGACACAGGCCCGUAACCGGGGGCUGCCCAGGACAGGGAGCUGCUGUGGCCGGGCGUUCGGGUGUGAGCCCCCGUUACUGUCAGGUCUUGUUAGCUGCUCCCACUCAGCAAUCACAGCUUGAAAAUCCCGGCAGGAUUUUUUUCUUGCUGAGCCUAGAACGGCCUUUUAUCAAACCAUCCGGGGUUUGUUUUCUUUGUAUUUUAUGAGCCCGGAUGAUCUUAGCUUAAAAAAGGACUGCUGGGACUUGGAGGUUUUCUGGUAGUACCGGGAACUGGUGUAUAGGAAAAAUGGUAGAGACUGUGAGAUUCCUGGCAGGUUUUGCUAUUCUGCCAUCAGUCCCUCACUGUUUCAACGUUUAUAUCAUGAGUGGUGGAGAAUAGGAGAAUUAACAUGUUAAAGCAUCAUGUUAAUGAGAAAAUGAGUUAUGAGAAAAACUUUGCUAAGCCUCCCACCGUUUUGCAGUUAAAAGUACUUUGUUGCUCUAUCCUUUAAAUGCUAUUUCUUUGUUUUUUAGGGUGCUAUAAAAGGAAAGUUGCAGGAGCUGGGGGCUUAUGUUGAUGAAGAGCUCCCUGAUUAUAUUAUGGUUAUGGUAGCCAAUAAGAAGAGUCAAGAGCAGAUGACAGAAGAUCUUUCCCUUUUCCUUGGAAACAAUACUGUCAGGUUUACUGUCUGGCUCCAUGGUGUUCUGGAUAAACUGCGAUCUGUGACUACUGAACCAACUAGUGUAAAAUCUUCAGAAUCUAGUAUCUUUGAGAGCAACCUUCCUUCCAGCAAAAGCAGUUCAUGUGUGAGCGAUGAGAGGAGACACGAGGAUAUCUUGCCACCUCUUGCGGUUUCCAGCACUCGGACUGAAAGAAAUGACUCAAGAGUUUCAACUAGCUCACAGGAACAAAGGAACACUGCUCCACGGCAGUCUUCUGAAGAUGGUUCUGCAUCCCACUUAACAUCUACAGUCAAGCCUUUGAGGGAAUUGUCACCUUCGGAAGCUGUAAUUGACAUUAAACCUGAACCAGAUGAUCUAAUUGAUGAAGACCUCAACUUCGUGCAGGAGAAUCCUUUGUCACGGAAGAAACCAAUUGUAACUGUAACUUAUGGUUCUUCUCGUCCUUCUGCCGAAAUCUACAGACCACCAGCUAGCAGGAGUGCAGAUGGCAAUACACAUGUGCACAGAUUGUCACAACAGGGCAGCUUACAGGGGAGCUGGCAGUUAGAUGCACAAAGCUGCAGGUCUUUGGAAGCAGGCCAGCCAUGCAAUCCGGAAGCAUUUGGCAGCUUAGCAGAAAGUUACAGACCCACCUCCAAACUUAGUGCUGAUAAAGUAGGCAGCGAGGAAGAAAGCUCCAGGAAGAGACGGUUGCCUGUUGUAAGCUCAGUAGUCAAAGUAAAAAAGUUCUUUAAUGAUGGGGAAGAUGAGGAGGAGGAAGACGAUUAUGGAUCGCGAACAGGAAGCAUCUCCAGCAGCGUGUCUGUACCUGCGAAGCCAGAGAGAAGACCUUCAUUGCCACCUUCAAAACAAGCCAAUAAGAAUUUAAUACUGAAAGCAAUCUCUGAAGCACAAGAAUCGGUUACAAAAACAACUAAUUAUUCCACUGUUCCACAGAAACAGACUGUUCCAGUUGCACCAAGAACUCGAAUUAGCCCAGAAGAAUCUCAGUUAGAAGUAAUCCAUGUGCAAAACAGACUACCUGCUCUGAGUUCUCAGCUUCAAGUAGAAGAGCCAAAGGAGCAGACAGUUGAAGGAAUUCAAGGAGCUGAACAAAGGGAGCUCUCUUCUCGGCUCCAGAUUGAUCCUGUGAUUGAAGAUGCUUUGCAAGUGACUCAAGAUUAUUAUGAUGCGGAAUCUAUGGUUCACACAGAUACCAGGUCAUUUAUCCUGAAGAAGCCCAAGUUAUCUGAGGAAAUAGUGCCGCAGAAUCAGCAAUUGGGAAGGAGGGCUACAGAGGCAAUACGAGUACUCUCAGGACGUCUAAUACAGACACGAGACCAGCUUGCACAGCCAGAGAAACCUGCUAGUCCCAAGUUCAUUGUGACACUGGAUGGUGUGCCCAGUCCACCAGGAUACCUUUCUGAUCAAGAAGAGGAAGAUAUGUUUAUAACUGAAGGAUUAAAGCCAGUUACCCAAAAUAUGUGUGCUGGAAAAGGAUUAAAAGGCCUUCGAGCACAGCAGAUGCAAAUUGUAACCCGGCAACUGGAAAACUGUGAUGUGGAUAUGGAAGAGUUAAAUGUGUUACAAAACCAAGAGAAGGUGCUUGAACGAUGCAAGUACUGGCCUGCCUGUAAAAAUGGAGAUGAAUGUGUGUACCAUCAUCCCACACUACCUUGCAAAGUUUUCCCUAACUGCAAAUUUGCUGAUAAAUGCUUGUUCAUCCAUCCAAACUGUAAAUACGAUGCAAAGUGCACUAAGCCAGACUGUCCUUACACUCAUGCCAGCCGACGAACCCCCCAUCCACCUCCUAAACCAGCACCGCUACCCACACUGUCUGUAAAUUCCAGUAGUCCGCUGUGCAAGUUUUUUCCAGCUUGUAAGAAAAUGGAAUGUCCAUUUUACCACCCAAAACAUUGUAGAUUUAACACCCAGUGUACAAGACCAGACUGCACUUUUUACCACCCAACUAUUGCUGUACCUCCACGCCAUGCCUUGAAAUGGACUCGGACUCAAACCAGUGAAUGAUGCCACUUGGGACUGAACUUCACCUCCUUGGGUCAGUAGUGGAAAGGAAGAUGAACCACCAGUGGCACAGGAUGUUAGAAAAAUCCAUGCAUUUUGAACUUUUAAUAUACAUUGUUUUCAUAAAAUGAAGUUGAUUGCAUACUUGAAAUGUCUCUAAUUUUCCAAGUUUGUAAGUUUGAGCAAUUUUACAUUUUUUUUACGCUGUAAGAAGAAAAUGUCUGUGUAAGGAAAGUUUUACUUUAAAUUCCAUUAAAAACUUUCAAAGCA